AUGCAGCUGCGCUGGAGCGGCCACCUGGUGCGCAUGGACGACGAGCGACUACCCAAAGGACUCUUCUACGGAGAAGUCGCGACGGGUUCUCGCCGUCGAGAAGGACAGAUUCGCCGUUACAAGGAUACCCUGAAGUUCUCAUUGAAAUGCCUGUAAAUCCACCCUACCAACUGGGAGGAGCUCGCACUCCAUCGACCGACCUGGAGGAGGACAGUGAAGACAGGCGCUGCGAUCUACGAAGCCAACCGCAUUGCUGCCGCCAAAGCGAAACGUGACGCCCGCAAAUCACAACUUCGCCCAGUCAGCAACGCUGCCGCACAACCGCUUCCAACGUGUCCUCGAUGUCAACGGACAUUCCGGGCUCGAAUCGGACUUGUUGGACAUCUUCGGAUUAACUGUGCCUCUCGAACGGCACCAACCAUCGUCCCCACGCCUGCCUCUUCCACCUCCUCUCCGCCGCCAACUAUCCCCCACAAUUCUUCUGACCCACCAAUUCCAUCAUCCUCCUCCUCCUCCUCCUUCUCCUCCUCCUCCUCCUCCUCCUCCUCGCUCACUGCUCCAACGGCGGCCGCUCAGGCGACUGUCCCGCGCACAGCAACCGACACUACCACCACCUCCCCCGACUCCAGGGAUGAGGAUCAGGACUACACCUGCCCUCACUGCGACGGUACCUUCACCUCACACACCGUCCUGGUCGGUCACUUGCGAAUCCAUCGCACAGAUACUGGCGAACCAGUGCGUGAAGCACCAACCUACACCCACCGCACUCGCCUCCAAUGCCCACAAGGCCCUCGCACCUUCAGGCAUCGCAUGGGACUUUUCGGCCACAUGCGCAUCCGCGAGAGCGGCCUUGACCGCACUCCCUACACAGCCACCGCGCCCAUUCCCCACUCUUGUCUGCUGACCGGCUCGGACAGCGGCUGGGGUGUGGGAGUGGGGAGGGAGAGUGAGGUUGACGACUCAGCGCACUUCCUCCUCAUUAUAAACAAUCUGACGCGCUUGAAGCUAUCACGGUGCGCUAAAAGCCGUGGCUUGGAAGGUUGCCAACUGACGGGGUAUCUUGGACCUCCUCCUUGA